CGUUUCCGCUUCCGUUCACGAGACAGCCAUAUCGUUUUACCGAUCGGUUUCGCGAACUCGCGAGGGAAACGCCGAAACGCGCAGUCCGAGGGAAACAGCGAGACGAGUCCCGAGAGGGACGAGCAGCGAGCAGUCGUGAAGGAAGAGGACGAGAAGGAAGGCACGCGGUCCAGAUUGUUUGCCGAAGCGUUCGAGCGGAAUCGUCUUCCCAUCGCGUCGGCGGUCUUUCUCCUCAUCGUUCGUCUAAAGGAGCGGCACGAUGACGGACAACCAGUAUUCAAAUUACCAGCAACAAGGGUACAAUCAAUACAGCCAGCCACCUCCUACGGCUGGUCAGGAUACGUCGUAUCCACCUCCUUCGACUGGCGGAAGUAGCUACAAUCAAUAUAGUCAGCCACCUCCAAAUGCCAAUACCAACUAUGGCAGUUACAACUACAGUUCUAACAGUGGUCAAGAUUACAAUCCGUCGCAGAAUCAAGGUAGCUACGGUGGUCAAAACAGCUAUGGUGGAGGUGGCAGCAGUGGGGAUGGCAGUAAUAACUAUGGUGGAAGCUAUGGAAACAGUGGGGGUAGCAGUGGAGGAUAUAAUCGCAACUCUGGUUCUUACAGCGGAGGCCAAGGAGGUGGUGGUGGAAGCGGUAGAUACGGUGACCGCGGUGGUUACGGAGAUCGCUCUGGCGGUGGUUACAACAGUGGCGGUGGCCGUGGUGGUUAUAACAAAGGAGGCUACGACCGUAACAGCGGUGGCGGUGAGGGAAUGGUUACGCAAGAGGAUACUAUUUUUGUAUCUGGUAUGGAUCCAUCGAUCUCCGAGGAAGAGAUUUGUCAGCAUUUCGGCGCGAUUGGCAUUAUUAAAAAUGACAAACGCACAGGCAAGCCAAAAGUUUGGAUGUACAAAGACAAGAACACGGGGAAGUCGAAGGGCGAAGCGACGGUCACGUAUGACGAUCAAAACGCCGCGCGGUCGGCCAUCAGUUGGUUUGACGGCAAGGAUUUCAAGGGCAGCACGAUAAAGGUGCAAAUGGCUCAGCACAAAAGCAGCUGGCAGAGUAACCGCAUGGGCGGCGGUCGUGGCGGCGGUGGCCGAGGCCGAGGUGGUAGUUUCGGCGGUCGUGGCGGAGGUGGCGAUCGUGACGAUCAUCAUCGUGGAGGCAGUGGCGACGAUCGUCGUGACGGUGGCGGCCGCGGAGGCGACUGGAGAUGUCCCAACCCCGACUGCGGUAACACAAAUUUCGCAUGGCGAGAUCAAUGCAAUCUCUGUAAGAGCGCAAAACCGGAAGGCCUCGGUUACGGCGGCGGUGGCGGCAGAGGGGGUGGUGGCCGAGGUGGCGACCGCGGAAGCCGAGGGGGUUACAGGAACGAUCGAGGCGGACGUGGAGGUGACAGAGGUGGCAGAGGCGGCGGCGGUUUCCGCGGUGGAGACCGGGGCGGCCGUGGAGGACGAGGCGGUCCUAUGAGAGGAGGCGGCGGUCGAGGCGAUAGAGAUCGGGACCGUCAGCGACCAUAUUAAUGUCAUAUUCUUAAGAAACAUCGAUGGUUAUUCGGCCAUCAAUAAACAACUUGUACACAUAUUGUACACACUUUCAGCGCUUGUACAUUUCGCAGAGUGAAAGAAGUUGUUCUUUACUCUAUAUAUGGCAUGUAUUUCUUAUUGUCCUUUCUUUUCGCGAGAUCUUUUUAUAUUCAUCGGAACUGCACAUCACAUAUGUAUGUUACGUUCGUAUAUAAAGUCAAAUAUCUAAAUAGAUAACAAUAGAUAAGAUACUUCAAAUGUGUGAACAUGUGA